GAAUCCCGGAUUCACACCCAAAAAAGUGACCAUCCAAAUGUUUUGCUAACCCAGCAACAUCACCAAGAGGUGAGGUGUGGGGGUGCAAAGCAAUAUAUUCCAGAUAGGGAAUAGGUGGGAAUGGGCGUUUGUCGCGCGCCCAUGGACAUUUAGGCAUAUUUGGUGGCAAGGGUUCACAAGACGGAUGGCGCGAAUGCGACAUUUGCGUUGCUUUUUGUGCAGUCGGUUCCAGUGCUCGUCCCCACAUCCUUGCCCGUGCCAGCGGCGAGUACUGCUGAGGGGGCGGAGCCGGUAUCGGACAGUGCGUUCAAUAUAGGAACACAGUUUAUGAUGCUUUCAUUCGUCAGAUCAGGCGCGCGUGCCGUCCGCGCCGGUCAGCUGGUACCGCCGGCCCGGCGCCAGAGCGCGCUGGCCGCCGCGCGCGCCCUGCUGGACGCCCAGCUGGAGGACAUACGCGGGGCGGGCACCUGGAAGACGGAGCGCGUCAUCACGUCCAAGCAGGACGCGGCGAUCCACGUGCGCGGCCGCGACGGCAGCGUGCUCAACUUCUGCGCCAAUAAUUACCUGGGUCUCUCCAGCCAUCCAGAGGUGGUGCAGGCCGGGAAGGACGCUCUAGAAAAGUAUGGCGCCGGCCUCAGCUCCGUCCGCUUCAUCUGCGGCACCCAGGACAUCCACAAGGAGCUGGAGGAGAAGAUCUCCACGUUCCACGGUCGCGAGGACACCAUCCUGUAUGCCAGCUGCUUCGACGCCAACGCUGGUCUGUUCGAGGUGCUGCUGACGCCUGAGGAUGCCGUGCUUUCGGACGAGCUCAACCACGCCUCCAUCAUCGACGGCAUCCGGCUCUGCAAGGCGCAGAAGUACCGCUACAAGCACAAGGACAUGAAGGACCUGGAGGCGAAACUGCAGGAGGCGCAGUCGGCACGCAUGCGACUGAUCGUCACCGACGGCGUGUUCAGCAUGGACGGCAACGUCUGCCCCCUGCCCGAGAUCGUGGCGCUGGCACAGCAGUACGGCGCGCUCGUCUUCCUCGACGAGUGCCACACCACCGGCUUCUUCGGCGCCACGGGCCGGGGUACGGAGGAGCACUUCGGCAUGCAGGGCUCGGUGGACAUCAUCAACACGACCCUGGGCAAGGCGCUGGGCGGCGCGGCGGGCGGCUACACCACCGGGCCGCGCCAGCUGAUCGACCUGCUGCGCCAGCGCUCGCGGCCCUACCUCUUCUCCAACUCGCUGCCGCCGCCGGUGGUGGCCUGCGCCAGCAAGGUGUUCGACAUGCUGAUGACAUCAUCGGAGCUGACGGCGCGCGUGGCUCGCAACACGCACCGCUUCCGCCAGCAGAUGGCGGCGGCUGGCUUCCAACUGGCGGGCGACGAUCACCCGAUCGCGCCCGUCAUGCUUGGAGACGCCCGGCUGGCCUCCGAUAUGGCCGACGCUAUGCUCGAGUGCGGCAUCUACGUGAUCGGCUUCAGCUACCCGGUGGUGCCCAAGGGCAAGGCGCGCAUCCGUGUGCAGCUGUCGGCCUGCCACUCGGACGAGGAGGUGGACCGCGCCGUGGCCGCCUUCGUCGAGGUCGGACGCCAGUUCGGGGUCAUCGCGUGAGCCGCGCGUCGCGGCGACGGUGGUCCCCUCCGCUCCCCGUCUUGAAGGAGGGGCGGCCUGGGAUCUGGCCGAGCUGCUAGGUCUGAGUGGACUGAAACCGACUGCCAGGGCGGUCGCCGGUGCUGCCGCCGACGGCCGGCGGUCGAGUUGCGUUCGGCAGUGUGGAGAGCGACCGCCAGGCGGACGGUGGAUGUGGCGUCGUGUUGGGUUCUGUGACUUCGCAUUUGAUGGGCAUUUGGUGACCGGGUGUCACACCUAGUGAGUAACUGCACAUUGGUGGAACUCGAUGCGACUAUUCCCGUUUUUAUAUGUGUUGCGUUGUCAUUGUUCGGCGUGGUGGGGCAUCCUCUAGAUGAUAUACUGAUAAUAGUUCUUCGGAAGUUCGUCGUGUGCAAUAUAAUGUAGUGUCAGAUAUCCUUCCGGGCCUCAUCGACAUGUCCGGUGCUUUCAAGCCAUGGUAGCAGCGUGCUGCGGGUUGGCAUAGCUUCCGUGACACGAGGUGUAUUGAGGGCUUUGGAGUGUGACGUGCGGUACCAUGAUAUUCACGCGUAUUUUAUCACAGCUCAGGUUGCUAGUUGGACAAGAAGUACCUGCAUGUAAUGUAUUAGAAUUGCCAACGCGUGAUGCAUCGAAGUCCCGUGGUGUCAGAAUAGCACACUUCUGAGAAGUGGGCCGCUUGUGUACAUACCCAAGGAAAGCACACACCGCAGGCGCACGUAGACUUUCGCGCACUCACCAUAUCAUGCUUAUGCAUGAGCGCACGUGCGCGAAAUAAAGAAUAA